AUGUCGGCCAGUAUAAUUGUUCAAGCUACACCAGUAAAAGCGAAUCUCGAGGGACUCCUCGAUGAAAUACGACAAUUGGAUCUAACUCCGUUAGACCAAAAAGCGACAGUAGAAGUAUUGUGCCAGCAAUACGAAGCAAGGGCAAGGAUCAUCAAAGAAAAGUUGAUGCGCCUCGAAAAAUACGUUGGCACUCAUGAGAAGAUCAACGACAAAUGGUUGGAACACAUUCAACUAGCCCCAAUGUCGCAAAAGAAAAAAGAAAAAUAUGAACGAAUGGCAAUAGACGAUAGAGGUAUUUUAAAAUUAAUUAACACAGGUACGGAUACCAUUAUAACCUUAUCUAUGUACAAGGAUGAUACAGAGCUAGCCCUUAAACGUCUAGCACAAAUUAAAGAACCUAGCUUAACUGAAUGUCGUCCAGUAGUAAAUUUAUCACAAUUGUCGUUACCAACGUUUAGUGGAGACCCUAAAACAUGGAGAGAAUUCUGGAGUAGUUUCGAAGCCUCCGUACACUCUCAAAACAUACCAGAUAUCCAAAAAUUAAAUUACUUGGUUUCUUGCUUAAGAGGAAACGGCCUACGGCUAGUAAGAGGUUACGAUAGGGCACCUGAAAACUAUAGAAUUAUAAGAGAAUUAUUAGUGGAGAAAUUUGGUCGUGUUUCCACUAUAAGAAAAUUACUUUACAAUGAAUUCAUAUCUACAAAACGAAACGACAGAAACUGGAAAAUAAUAAUCAAAGAAAUGGAGAGAGUUCUAAGGCAGUUAGAAGCAAUUGGCGAAAACGUAGAGCAACCUACCAUCGAAACGAUAAUAGAAUCCAAAUUACCAAACUGGAUAUUAAACCAGGUUUAUCAACAAAAGGAAGAGGAUGGCCAGUGGUCUGUAACAAAACUUCGACAGCUUCUCAGGAAGACAAUUAAUAGAAACGACCAGGUAAUGGAAUGGCAAUACUUGGAUAACGUCAGUCGUAAAAAUUUAAUUAAACGUCAUCCUAACGCAAGCAUUCCAGAAAAUUCAGCAUUGAUUGCAAUAAAACAAUCAAAGCAAAUAAGAGGAACGGCUUCAGCCGAAAAGAACCAGCUAAAUCAAGAGAAUCCAAAUUGGUCGACAAAUCAGAAAAGGAGACCCUGUAUCUUCUGCAAUAACAAUCAUUGGGAUAGUAAGUGUCACAUAUAUUCUACAGUGGAGCAGCGAAUUGAUCGAUUGAAGGAAAUCAAUGUUUGCUCUAAUUGUUUUAAAUCUGGACACAACGAACUCAACUGCAUAAAAACAGUAAGUUGUUUUUAUUGCAAAAAAUCCCACAAUAGCGCCCUUUGUACCACUAAGACUCGUGAUACUGGGAAGAUUGUUGCCAAAAAUGCAAACAUAUCUGUUAAUCCAACUAAGAAAGUUGAAAAGAAACGAGUACUGCUUUUAUGUAGAGAAAUUAAUGUCUUUAAUCCUGAUAAACCUGAACAUCAAGUACAAGCUUUAGUACUGUUUGACGUCGGCGCAGAUGCGACCUUUAUCUCACAAAGGCUAGCACAUCGACUAAAUCUCCUAGAAACUGAUGAAGAAGAGUAUAAGAUCUCCUCCUUUGGCAAUAGGACUCCUCGAGUAUGCCGCACAACUCAAACACAAAUUGGAGUGAAAACGGAAAACUCCGAUCAAGUGACUAUCCAAGCCACUGUAAUGGAUUAUUUAACAAACGAUCUUCAAGUGAUGGAAGUGGUAGACAAAGGUGAGAAUUACCAUCUUAAAAGUUACAAGAAACAACCUGACAUAGUUAUAGGAGCUGACUAUUUCUUCAACUUUAUUCAUAUGGAAAACGCUCAGCAACUAAAGUCAGGAUUCACUUUACUGAACAGCAAGGUUGGACCUAUCAUAGCAGGAAGCGGUUAUACAAAUGAAUUGUGCCAUCACCAGAUCUUUGCAACGAAGAUAUCUCAAGAAAACCGUGCCCCAGAUAUAGAUCAAUUUUGGAAGUUGGACUGUAUUGGCAUCCAAGAUCGAUCUGAUACACAAGAUGAUGAACAAGCACUGGAACAAUUUAAGAAGAGUAUCACUAAACAAAAUGGAAGAUACGAAGUACGUUGGCCAUGGAAACCAUGCAAAGGCAAAUUGAGCGAUAAUUAUGGAUUAUGCGUCAGCCGUUUGCGAAUGCUAAUAGCACGACUUCAGUCCCAUAAAGAGGAAUUACAAGAAUAUGAUACAAGAUCAACUACAAUCUGGCAUAAUCGAAGAAGUACAAUCACAAAUGAAUCAAGAUGGAAUUAUUCAUUACCUGCCACAUCAUGA